AUGGCUUCUUUGGAAUGUGGAAGGCAAAUUAAGACAGAGGUCCAAUCUGUUGAUGACGAAGUUCCUUUUCAAAAACAUGACGUGAAAUCUGAACAGAGUGAAGCUGAUAUGUUCAGUGAAUUUGAAAGCAAUGGAGAUGCCUUUGAUACUAACAUGCCUACCAACGAUUUGGAGGAAAAUGAUGAAUUGAAAGUGAAUAUAUCUAUAGAUAAAUUUGAUCCAGAACAAAUCAAAAUUGAAGAUAACUUUUUUAUUCCUCACCUUGAUCUCAAAUCUGAAGAGUGCGAGAAUGCAAUAACUGAAGGUCCUAAUUUCACAGCAUGUGAAGGAGAAUCAUUCAACCAUAAAAAUGGAUUCAUUAAUAGCCGGCAUAACCAUAAUGAGUCUCGCGUCAAAAUAGUUGCAAAUAUGACUAAGGAUUUGAAGCCAGAUGUUGGCUUUAACCCGGAUACUGGAAACAUCCUUGUUGAAAUAAAGGAAGAGACUGUCUUUGAGAAGAAGGAAGAGAUUUUCUAUGAAAAUAUUCCGUCAGCUUCAGAUGAAAUGAAUUUUGCUGUUGAAAAUGACCAUGUUGUAAAACAUGAGAUGAUAAUAGCGAAAGACUUCACAGUGAAGAAAAACCAUUUCAGUGUUAAAAUAUGCUCAAAAUCAUUCGCUAAAGCUGAUGUUUUGAAAUACCAUGAAAAGUUACAUACUGGAGAAAAACCAUUUCAAUGUCAAAUAUGCUCAAAGUCGUUUGUUCGAAAUAAUCGAUUGAAAUAUCAUCAAAAAAUUCAUGAUGGCGAAAAACCAUUCCAGUGUAAAAUCUGCUUCAAAUCAUUUAUUCAAGAAAGUACUUUGAAAUACCAUGAAAAGACACAUACAGGUGAAAAGCCAUUUCAGUGUAAAAUUUGCUUGAAAACUUUCAUUCAAGGUAGUUAUUUGAAAUACCAUGAAAAAAUUCACACUGGAGAAAAAUCAUUUCAGUGUAAAAUCUGCUCUAAAUCAUUCAUUAGAGGCAGUGCUUUGAAAUACCAUGAAAAGACACAUACAGGUGAAAAGCCAUUUCAGUGUAAAAUUUGCUCAAAGUCAUUUGUUCAAGGUAGUGAUUUGAAAUACCAUGAGAAAAUUCAUACUGGCGAAAAAUCUUUCAAGUGUGAAGUCUGCUCAAAAUCAUUCAUUCAAAGCAGUACUUUGAAAUUCCACGAAAAGAUUCACACUGGAGAAAAGUCAUUCCAGUGUAAAAUUUGCUCAAAAUCAUUUAUUCAAAAUGGUGCUUUGAAAUGCCAUGAAAAAAUUCACACUGGGGAAAAACCAUUUGAGUGUAAAAUAUGCUUAAAAUUAUUUACUCGAGGUAGUUCUUUGAAAUCACAUGAAAAGAUUCACACUGGUGAAAAGUCUUUCAAGUGUAAAGCUUGCUCAAAGUCAUUCACUCAAUGCAGUACUUUAAAAUAUCACGAAAAGAUUCACACUGGAGAGAAGCCAUUUCAGUGUAAGAUUUGUUCAAAAUUGUUUGGUCGAAGUGAUAAUUUGAAAUCACAUGAAAAAAUUCACACUGGCGAAAAACUCUUUCAGUGUAAAAUAUGCUCAAAGUCAUUCAUUCGAAAUAGUGAAUUGAUUAAACAUGAAAGAACUCAUUCUGGUGAAAAACCAUUCCAGUGUAGAAUAUGCUCAAAAUCAUUUGUCCAAAAAAGUAAUUUGAAAUUUCAUGAAAAAACUCAUACGGGGAAAACGUUCAAUGUAGAAACGGACGAAAAUAAUUUAUCGAAACAGAAUUGACCUCCACAGAUCCAAAGAUGUAAUAAUAGUCAAUAAAGAUACCGCAGCAUCAUCAGAGGUUUCCUCAAGCUACAUAUUUGCCCAAAACGUUUUAAACUUGAUAAUUUUAAGCCACACUGUUCUAUAGCAAGAUGAAAUUGUACCUAUACAUGACAAGUUGCAAAAACUGUUAGUUCAUAUGUGUACUAUUUCUAUAAAUAAAUAAUAUAGACCAAUCCAACAUCAUUAUUAAAG